AUGCGUUCCCACGGCCAAGGGGGCAGAGCCCACGAUCAGGGCGGUGGCCGAGAUUUGCCGAGAUUUAUGGGGGUCACACCACCAUGCUUCUCAACCCAGACCACCAUGCUUCACGGUCCCAAAUGCCGAUUUGACUACCCACUUGCCCCGUUCAGACUCCACCAUACAGAUAUUUUUAAGCCAUCAGGCAGAUCUUUUUUCAGCCUCGAUUGGCCCUCCAGGACUCCUCCUAUAAAUACUGAGCUUAAGACCACGUUCAAGGGGUUCAAACACCAAACCAAAAGCCUCCCACGGAGCAACUUAUAUUUUCUGCAAUGCACUUUCAAUACCUUUACAUGCUUUCCUAGGAGCGCCGGAGCAUCAUCCUUGUUACUGCCUCAUUCACCUCAUAUAUCAUACGACCGUCGCUCUUCGAGUAACGCGCCGGAGCACCGCCCAAAAUCCACCAACACCACCACUAAACAGCCUUGUAGCUCAGGCCGUGAACCUGACGGCCGAGAUAAGUUCCUCUCUCGGCCACAAUCGUUUGACUAG